GCGACAGUAGAAGCUAGCUGUGCCUUGGGUGAGGUGAUUCUGCAUUAGCGUCACUCGCUCUAAGUAGUUAAGAUGGCUGCUGUGCAAGUGUUUACGAGUAACGCUGUGGUUUUCCCGGAUGAGACCUGCCAAGCCGUCAUAGAAGUGAAAGACGGAAGGAUUCAGCGCAUCAACCGCCACACCGCCGACGUGUCCGCCUAUUCAGAUGACCAGAUUACCCGGUGCGGAGACCUGGUCCUGAUGGCGGGGGUCGUGGACUCGCACGUUCACGUGAACGAGCCCGGUCGGACGGCGUGGGAGGGUUACUCGUCGGCCACGCGGGCGGCGGCGGCGGGCGGCAUCACGACCAUCGUUGACAUGCCCCUGAAUUCGAUCCCGCCAACCACGAGCAUGGCCGCGUGGACCGAGAAGAUGGAAGCGGCGAAAGGGCAGUGCUGGGUCGACGUCGGGUUUUGGGGCGGAGUUGUGCCCGGAAACGCUUCCGAGCUGCGCAAAAUGGUCGACAGCGGCAUAUGUGGAUUCAAGUGCUUUCUCAUCCACAGCGGAGUGGAUGAGUUCCCGAGUGUGGAUUAUGCGCAGGUGGAAGAGGCUCUCACACAGCUAUCGGAUACUUCUUCUGUUUUACUGUUCCAUGCUGAGUGUGACAUCGGGCCAUCUGUGACUGAUUUAGAUCCAUCUGAAAAGUACAGUACAUUUUUGAAGUCUCGGCCGCAGAGGAUGGAGGAAGUUGCAAUAGAACAGGUUAUAAGUCUCUGUGAAAAAACAAAGGUCCGGUGCCACAUCGUCCACUUAUCGGCCGGCAGAGCGUUGCCCAUGAUACGGUCUGCCCAGAGUCGUGGCGUCCCCUUGAGUGUCGAGACAUGUCAUCAUUAUCUCACUCUCAAAGCUGACGAUAUCCCUGAUAAUGCCACGCAGUUUAAGUGUUGCCCGCCCAUCAGGGAGGGGGAUAAUCAGGAGCAGUUAUGGGACGCAGUAAGAGACGGCACUAUCCAGCAGGUAGUAAGUGAUCAUUCUCCUUGCACUCCAGACCUGAAACUUCCUGGAGAGAUGAAUUUCAUGGAAGCCUGGGGUGGCAUUGCUUCUGUGCAGUUCGGUCUGUCCGUGUUCUGGACGGAGGCAAGCAGGCGGGGCUUCACUCUCCAAGACGUCGUGAAGCUCCUCUCCGUCGGGCCAGCUUCUCAAGCUUCUCUCAGUGACAAGAAAGGAGCUCUCAAGGAAGGCUAUGAUGCGGACUUCGUUAUCUGGGAUCCAUCUGAGACGUUCACCGUCCUCGAAUCAAUGAUUCACCAUAAAAAUAAGAUCUCGCCUUACAUUGGGAAAACCUUGAAGGGGAAAGUUCACAAAACCGUCCUCCGUGGCAACGUGAUCUAUGACCAGGGCAGCUUCACGGAAUCGGCACCUCAAGGCUCUUUUGUGUUUGCUUCAAGGAAAAAAAAUAAAAACACAAGUAUGUUGUAAGUUGAGGCACUUGCUUGCUUAUAACUUGAUGUGAUUUCUGAUUUGUUUUUUGUAACAUAUUGUUUGUAACCUGGUGUGAGGUUUUCUAUGCUGGAAAUGAAUCGACUUACGGGGAUAAAUGUGGUUUGGCUCUCAUGUUACAGACUCAGAAAUAAAUCUCUUGAACGAUUAGUAUCUAAAUUCGGCCGAUUGAGUUUUCACUUAGAAUAUGUUUUCCUACUUUAUCUAUCUUUAUGCAUUCCCCUUUAAGUGAUUACUUAUUUUGAUAUAUUGGAGUCAUUCUGUAUACAAAAUGAAGGGCCUGUUAAUGAUAAAUAAGAAUCAUGUUUAUUUGUAUUUUUUUACAGUUAUAAGCGGUCUUUAAAUGUAUUGGGAAGAAUGAUAAAAAGUUCGAAGAGGUAUAUGAGACACAGAAGGUUCUUAACACUAAUCUAGGGUGUGUUAAUAUACCAUGGCUGAAAAAAAUCCUGUGAUUUGAUAUUGUUAGAAUCUCUAUAAUCUUCAGAUUAUAUUUUAUUGUCAAAAUCAAGUUCUUACCAUUCUGAUGUAAUAUGUGCAUCAACUAAUGUUUAAAGCAUUUCUCUAAAUUUGCUGGAGCACUACAGUCAAUAAUCCUUUAUUCAUUAGCGUAUAAUACUUUUGAAAGUUGAAUUAUGUGCAGAAUACCUUUGAAAAUUCAAUGCGGAAAUCUGUACUGACAUUAGUUGAUUUGGUCAGACACGUAGUUGACAAUUUAUGAGAAUUAACGUUAUCGUAAACAGUGAAUUAUAGGAGGCUCGGAAAAAAUCAGGAUGUGUAUUACCGUAAUUAGUGUUUCGAAAUGGGAAUUGUGUAAUGCAUUUUGUUUUAUUUACAUCUAUCGGUGAGUAAUGUACCAUAAAAAAGGGCCUGUACAAAACCAUGAAAAAAUACCAUCUAAUAUUCUAACAAGACUUACAUUUGUAAGGCUAAAAAAAUAAACCACUGAGGUGUCAAUAAAAAUCUUGAAACAC